UUGGACUUAGUCAACGCUCGGCGCCUUAGGGGAGCGGACGUGUGUUACUCCCGUACUGUGAUAAAAAAAAACUUUUUCAAAGACUGAAUUAAUUAUGUACUUUUUGUGAAACGUGUGUUUUGAUAUAUUUGUGCCAAAAUGUGGGGUGAAAGCAGCAAACAUUGUGAAGUUAACUGCCAGUGUUCUGGAUUGAUCACCGAAAACUUCAAAAUAAAUUCCGGAAACAAUGGCACGAAGCGAAAACAAGAAGAUUCACUAACAAACAACUAUAAAAUUAAAAUGAACCCACACACUAUCGACUUCACAAAAUCACCACUAUCACCAAUCUACACGCCCACCAAAAGAAGAAUAUUAGGAGAAAUACAAGUACCGAAAUCACCGUUAGACAGACUGAAAUCACCGCUGACAAAUUCACCUAAACCUUUCAAAUCACCAUUACAAGCUAUAAACUCACCAUUACUAAACCGGUCAUCACCGUUCCUAAAUCAAUCACCGUUCUUAAACCAGAAUUCACCGGUUUCAAAGAACUCACCGUUGUCAACGAGGGUUAAACGGUCAAGGAUUACCAAGGUCAUGGAGGAACGGACUCGGUUCAGGAUGUCGAAUAAAGAGAAUGAUGCUCCGAUGAUGAGUGAGACGUUCAUGAAACUGGAUGUUGAGGAGGAGACUAGAGAUUUCCUGUUCGGUGACCGGUUUGAGGCCACGAGAGAGAAGGUUACUAACUGGUCAACUACUAAGCUGGACUUCACGCACGCUCUCCCAAAAUCACCAAAACAAGACCUCUAUGUACCACAGAAGGAAAUCACCCAAGAUCUGGACGAUUUUGAGACCCUCCACGAUCUAGAACAAGAAUUCGAAGCGGACAACUUCGAUGAAUGUUCCAAAUACGAAAUCAUAUCCACGGAUAGUCCCAAUAUCAUAUCUCGGGGACGUACAUCUUCUUCGAGAAAGGUUACGUCAAGGAAUUUUGUCUUCGGAGCACCGUUAGCUGACAAUGAAGCUUCUACGAGCUUUAACAAGCCUGCGGUCACUGCCACAAGGAUGCUGACCUUUGAUGAAGAGGACUUCGAAUUCCCUUCACCGGCAGUCAAGAAACAAGCUGCUAAGAAAUCCUUAAAAUUCUCUGAAACACCAACUAAACUAAGACAUGAGAAAAGUGACUCCAGUAUCGGAUCGCUGAGUCAGUCACCAUUACCAAAAACCGGUUUAUAUACUACGGAAUCUACAACAUCUAUGGAAAGCGGUUUCAUAUCAGAAUUGGAGGAACCAUUUUUGGAAAUAGAAGAAUCGAACUCACCAAAAGUAGCAAAUUUCAAUGAGUUACUCUCCGGUCAGAUUAAAUCCAACGUUCUAAGUGAAAAGAGCUUUUUAAGAAGACCGUUGAACCGUAGUUUAAGCUUCAACCCUGAGAGCAAGGCAAGAGUCUCUCUCUUCUCUAUUUUAGAGAGUCCGAAUGUUGCUCAGAGGAAUAAGAAGAGAGUAGAGCGGAGUGAGAAUGAGAUUGCUGUUAAGAGAAGACGAUCUAACUGUCAGAGUCCAGAGUUGAAUAGAGUUAAGAGUAGACCGGUGUUGCAGAGAGCUUUUUCUGAAAAUAAUGCGCUGAUUAUGUCUGCAAUGGCUAGAUCGAUAGUAGAACCGGAUUUAAUAGGCGACUUCUCAAUGCCGUAUGCGUUACCGCUCACCAGUGGAGACCAUGAGGAUCUGAAGAGCAUCUCCUGUGACACGCUCGCCAAGCUGCUGAGAGGCGAAUAUCGACAUGUUAUUAGUGAUUAUCAGGUAAUAGACUGCCGUUACCCCUACGAAUUCGCCGGGGGACACAUAGUCGACGCUGUCAACUACUACACACACGCACAAGUGCACUCUCUGCUCGACCGACCACCUGCCACCAGGGUGAACACUGACCGUCCAUUAGAAAGAACAGACAGUGGGAUAGACAUUGAAGGCUCUUCGGGAAGAACAGACAGUGGGAUGGACAGUCCAGUGGGAGGAACGAAAAGGAGUGUGCUGGUGUUUCACUGUGAAUUCUCGUUGGAACGGGGACCUAAGCUAGCCCGUUACCUCCGUUCCUCAGACCGUGCAUUAAACAGGGACCGCUAUCCCUCGCUCCGCUACCCCGAGAGCUACCUGCUGUGUGGAGGCUACUCCGCAUUCCAUCGCUCACAUCCUCAGCUCUGCGCCCCCGCCGGGUACACGCCCAUGCGGGACCCGAGACAUGCACAGGCACUAAGGGAGCAUCGCGGCAAUAGUGGGAGAUAGAGCAGGAACCAAGACUCCGACCUACCAACAUUACAGGGACCAAGACCCCGACCUACCAACAUUACAGGGACCAACACCCCUCCUUCUAAAAUAACAGAGACCGCGAUAGACUAACAUCACAGGGACCACUACCCCGACCUACCAAAAUUGGGAAAUAGAUGGGGGUAAAUGAAACUUGUAACAACGUCAAAAGAAAAGAAUAAACUAGAUAAAUAGGGGUUAAAAUUGGGAUCUUGUGUGGGUAUUUUGAAGGAUAUACAUUGCUAAAAAAAUAUUAGAAGUAAUAGUGCUAAAUGCAUGUAUAAAAAGUGAUUUCACAUUAGCGGAUUCUUCGCAUAGAAAAGCUCGUUACGUCAUUCAAACGAUGAUUUUUUGCCCCGCGUAGAAAAUUCGAGCGAUAAAAUCUUCUAGUGUGAACAACUUAGUACGAAAUGGCCAAAUUGUCUUAAAAUAAACUUUUUUUAGCUAAAAUUCACUCAGACUCUCGUCAAAUAUCUUUGCCAUUUUGAAUAUUGAUAGCUGAUUUCACAGCGGCAAAGAUAUUUGGCGAAACUAUUUGCACUGAUUCUGACAUAUAAACAUGCAAGGCAUUUAUAAAACCGCCAAAAAACGUUGUAAAUAACUCGCGAAAUAUUACGUUUUGCUUAUUACAAAGAUUUUUUUCAAAAUUUCUAACGAAUAUACAUUUUUUUGGAAAAUAUAAAUAUGAAACUUAUAUCUGAUUUCGUUUAUAAGUACUUGUAAAUAAAAGAUGCCAUAUUAUUUUAAUUUUUAAACGAAUUAAGUUAUUAGUACAAAAUUACUUAUUUUUUGGGCUAAAAGUGACUUUUGUGUGCAAAAAACAUUUUACUGACUUUCAGAUAGGUUUUCAUACUAAAACAUCUUUUUCAUACUAAAAGUCACUUUUAUACCAAAAUUCAAUAUAAAAAUAUAGUUUUUAGUAAGAAAAAUUAUUUCCCACCUGUUUAGUGUAGCCCUAGUUUAAGAAGUUUGACACUGCAAUACAUACUAAAAUAUUUUAUUACGAUUAAGACGAAAAUUAUAAGUUUUUCUAGACUUUCGCUACAUUUCGGUCUAGACUUUUAUAUAUUCGGGGAAUUUUUUGUUUAACUUUUACGUAUUGAGUAUAGAAUGGCCAGUAUUAAAUGUACAUUUUAAUAAUUAAUGGAAAAUUGUUUUGUAUUUUGAUGAGCUAAAAAUAUAAAGUAACUUUCUGUGUUCAAUUUUCAAAAAUCAUGUUUAAUACGUUACGGGUAGUCAGAAGCCAGUAAGCCUGACACCAGUCUAACCAAGGGGUAUCGGGUUGCCCGGGUAACUGGGUUGAGGAGGUCAGAUAGGCAGUCGCUUCUUGUAAAAAACACUGGUACUCAGCUACAUCCGGUUAGACUGGAAGCAGACCCCAACAUAGUUGGGAAAAGGCUCGGAAGCUAAUGCAUGUAUAAUAUUGAUUAUUCUAUACUCAGUACUAUGUAUUCAAUUUUAAUAUAAGUUUUUUAAGCUUUAAACUUUUAUAUUAUAGCACCCGAAAAUCUAAAUAUAAGUUUGUAUAUUAUUUUAGUUGAAUUCACACAAAUUGUUAGAAAUAUUCUCAAAAACGUGACUUUGGGUAGAAUUUUUAACAAUUUUUUCUUAAAAAGCGACGAAAUUUCGAAAUUUUAAUUUUUGUUUUGAAUAUAUUUUUUUCCAAAAAGAACUUCUAAUUUGCAAUAAUUUACGCUUCGAUUAUGUUUUUAGAUUUAUUUUAUUUAAAAUAAUGUUUUCUGUUAAUUUUAAGAUGGAUAAAUAAUUAUGUUUUUGUACUUUGAAUGACUACUAACACUUUUAACGUGGCUUUUAUAAAAAAAACUCCUUGAUAAUGUCUCGACGAAUUAAUUUUGCAAUGCAUGAACUCAAAAAGAACUGAAAUUCUUCCACAAGAAAUUAUAUUUAAUGAGUUGUUUUUAUAAAAUCCAGUUAAAAAAGACUAUAGUUCAAAUAAGUAUUUAAACUUAAUUAUUGAAGUAAAAGAACUACUUUAGUAUUAAUAAUUUUACACAACUCUUUCAAAAAGUUUUAGUUUGAAAGCAGAACCUACACCUCUAUCUUUUUUCAACUUUACAAAAUAGUUUUUAACCGUCAUCAAAAUUGUCUAUACCCUUUCAAAAUUGUUAAUACUAAAGUACAUUACAUACAAAUACGCUUACUAGCAUUUUUUAUAACAUUUGUAAAUAUUAAUUUUAAGCAUAAAAUAAUAAAAUAAAAUAAUUAUGUAUUGACUGGGAAACCUGUGCAGUGCCAUAUACAGCCAAAAAGUGCUUUCUGGUGCGAACGGGAAAUUCAGGCCAUAACGUCGAAAUUUAAUAAACUAAUAUAUAAUGUAUAAUUCUGUAGUAUAUAACAAAACAAAUUGUGAAUUUUUAGUUAUAUUUUUUAAAUAAAUUAUGUGAAAAUAUAUA